GAUGAGUUCUACUGCUGUGAACGAUGAGAAUCAUGAGGUCUGCCCUGGAAGAAAGCAGAGCAAUUCAGAUACUAUUUGUGACAUAUUUUCCUUGGAUCAGCCGACUGGGAGGCCCUCCAUCCUUCGCCAGUCUCAGGCAGAGAACCUGUCAAACAAAACUAUAGCAAAGGGAGGGAAGGUACAGUGUAUAUGUUAUCAAGAAGCCUAGUCUUGGAGUUGUUUCAAAUGUUCCAGAAUAAUUCCUUCUAAAAUAAUAUUGUAAUUAUGAGGAUCUAUGCUUGACUGUUUGAAUAGUCUAGUAAAAAGCAUGAGCUGACACACCCGAAAAUGUUUUGCGAGGUGUUGACUCACAGAGUAAACUGUAUAAAAAGAACCAGGUUAGGUUUACCUGUUGGGCGCAUAGUGUGCAACUUUCUUUAUUUGACUGUUUUGAAUAGAGCAUUUGUUUUCAGAUGAUACCCUUUUGGUUUUUGCUUUCAGGUUUGUUUUCAGACUCCAAGAAGAGACCCUCUCACUAAGAGAAUAGUAUCACCAACAAAGUCCCUUAAGAUGGAAAGCCUGGAUGACUGUAGUAAAGCCCUGGAGUCUUCGCAGUUUACAACACCUGAAGAGUAAGUAUAUGCUUUAAAUAAAAAUCUGUAGCUUUGUCACAUCGGCAGAAUGCUGCUUCAUAAUCUGGUGUCAAAUUGAGAGAAUGUAGGUUAAUCUAUCCUCUUGUAUUUUUACAGGGUGUUGCCUCAGGAAAUCAAUGAGCCUGUUGAUGUGCCAAAAUCAGGUAAAGCAUUUGAUUGAUUGGCUAAAGGUUCAAGAUUCAUUACCCGAAACUGCUUUGUCACCAUUAACUACUUCAACCAUAAUGUUUACUUGAUUUUCAACUUAUUUUACUACAGACUUCACAAAUGUGUCAUCCUAUCCUGAUGAUGAUAUGCCAAUUCAGAGUAAAGGAGGUUAUCAGCUGGAUUUUGACAACCUUGAUGCCAUCAAUCCCUUCCAAGGGUCCACUAAAAUGGUCCUCUCUCCAGCAAGGCCCAGUGAGCUAGUUGAAAACCCCAAGGCUGAAGAACAGUGUGAACGUAAUGUCAUUGAAGCAGUUUCUCCUGAGAAGUUGGAGGAGUCUGACAAUAAUGAAACGGCAAUGGAUGAGACCCUUCCGUUCAUGCCAUCAGUGGAAAAUGAUAUUGCUGACAUCUCAGCCGAUAUGUGCUCAAACGAUAGCAGUGUGAUUACCAUGACGAAGGACCCAGCCGUUGAGUUAUCCAACGCUGGUGAGGAAGAGACUGUACAAUCAUCAGUUAACCUUGACCCAGAUCAAGCUUUGGCCAUCUUUACUACAGUCGCGGAAGCUGUGGCUAUCUCUACAGCCGAGAAGACUCCUCUGCCGCCAAAAGGUGCUUACGAAUUAGAUUUUGCCAACCUUGAUUCAGUCGACCCUUUCCAAACGGGAGGCUCCAAAAUGCAGAAUUCCCCGGUGCUAUUAAGAAAGCAGUCAUGCGAUAACCCUCCUCAAAAGGUGGAGGUUGAAGAGUCUGCAGUAAAGGAAAUGGAACCAGCAGCCACGCUUGAGGGGGUUCAGCCAGUCCUAGAGGCACCUGUCCAGCCAGAGAUUAAACCUAUUGCAUCAUUGUCGCCUGCGCCGAAGGAGACUAGCAAGCCAGCUGAAGACGCUGUGGCCAUCACCUCUACAGCCGAGGAGACUCCUCUGCCGCCAAAAGGUACUUACGAAUUAGAUUUUGCCAACCUUGAUUCAGUCAACCCUUUCCAAACGGGAGGCUCCAAAAUGCAGAAUUCCCCGGUGCUAGGAAGAAAGUGGCCAUGCGAUAACCCUCCUCAAAAGGUGGAAGUUGACGAGCCUGCAGUAAAGGAAAUGGAACCAGCAGCCACGCUUGAGGGGGUUCAGCCAGUCCUAGAGGCACCUGUCCAGCCAGAGAUGAAACCUAUUGCAGCAUUGUCGCCUGCGCCGAAGGAGACUAGCAAGCCAUCUGAAGUUGCUGUGGCCAUCACCUCUACAGCCGAGGAGACUCCUCUGCCGCCAAAAGGUACUUACGAAUUAGAUUUUGCCAACCUUGAUUCAGUCAACCCUUUCCAAACGGGAGGCUCCAAAAUGCAGAAUUCCCCGGUGCUAGGAAGAAAGUGGCCAUGCGAUAACCCUCCUCAAAAGGUGGAAGUUGACGAGCCUGCAGUAAAGGAAAUGGAACCAGCAGCCACGCUUGAGGGGGUUCAGCCAGUCCUAGAGGCACCUGUCCAGCCAGAGAUGAAACCUAUUGCAUCAUUGUCGCCUGCGCCGAAGGAGACUAGCAAGCCAGCUGAAGAUGCUGUGGCCAUCACCUCUACAGCCGAGGAGACUCCUUUGCCGCCAAAAGGUACUUACGAAUUAGAUUUUGCCAACCUUGAUUCAGUCAACCCUUUCCAAACGGGAGGCUCCAAAAUGCAGAAUUCCCCGGUGCUAGGAAGAAAGUGGCCAUGCGAUAACCCUCCUCAAAAGGUGGAAGUUGACGAGCCUGCAGUAAAGGAAAUGGAACCAGCAGCCACGCUUGAGGGGGUUCAGCCAGUCCUAGAGGCACCUGUCCAGCCAGAGAUGAAACCUAUUGCACCAUUGUUGCCUGCUCCCAAGGAGACUAACAAGCCAGCUGAAGAUGCCAUACCACAGCCCAGUGCAGCCCCUUCCAAGGAUGGCCCGGUGAAACUUGAGUUCAAUUUUGAUGAUGGCGGUGAGGUCAAGCGUAAGCCUCCUCCCAAAAAGUUUGGCAAAAGGCCUGGUGUGAAGCCGAGAGAGAAAAAGGCUAUACCUACAGAAAAAAAAGAACCCGCUCCAUCCAUGGAAUCUCCAGUGAAGCCAUUGGCCAAUACUGAUUCUGAAAUUCCUCUUCCCAAGGCCGGGUACGACUUUGACAAGUUUGACCCAAACUUCAAUCCAUUUGGUACAAACGCAAAAAUGACUGACUCUACAGUCUGUACGGUGAAAUCCAGUCCAGAUGCCAAGGCACCAACCUCAGUCAGAGUGGCUGUCUCCCCUGAGAAAGUGGCAGAGCCUGUUCAGCAAGAAACUGCACCAUCACCAUGGUAAGUUCAUGUUCAUUUUGCUGCACCUUUAAUAUUAUCCCAAAAUAUUUAAAAAAUUAAAGGAAGUUUUGCUUGAUAUGUAAAGCACAAUCAGUUUGGUUGUGAGAGCAUGGCGAUAUAACCUCAAUGUACAGUGGGGAGAACAAGUAUUUGAUACACUGCCGAUUUUGCAGGUUUUCCUACUUACAAAGCAUGUAGAGGUCUGCAAUUUUUAUCAUAGGUACACUUCAACUGUGAGAGACGGAAUCUAAAACAAAAAUCCAGAAAACACUUUGUAUGAUUUUUAAGUAAUUAAUUUGCAUUUUAUUGCAUGACAUAAGUAUUUGAUACAUCAGAAAAGCAGAACUUAAUAUUUGGUACAGAAACCUUUGUUUGCAAUUACAGAGAUCAUACGUUUCCUGUAGGUCUUGACCAGGUUUGCACACACUGCAGCAGGGAUUUUGGCCCACUCCUCCAUACAGACCUUCUCCAGAUCCUUCAGGUUUCGGGGCUGUCGCUGGGCAAUACGGACUUUCAGCUCCCUCCAAAGAUUUUCUAUUGGGUUCAGGUCUGGAGACUGGCUAGGCCACUCCAGGACCUUGAGAUGCUUCUUACGGAGCCACUCCUUAGUUGCCCUGGCUGUGUGUUUCGGGUCGUUGUCAUGCUGGAAGACCCAGCCACGACCCAUCUUCAAUGCUCCUACUGAGGUAAGGAGGUUGUUGGCCAAGAUCUCACGAUGCAUGGCCCCAUCCAUCCUCCCCUCAAUACGGUGCCGUCGUCCUGUCCCCUUUGCAGAAAAGCAUCCCCAAAGAAUGAUGUUUCCACCUCCGUGCUUCACGGUUGGGAUGGUGUUCUUGGGGUUGUACUCAUCCUUCUUCUUCCUCCAAACACGGCAAGUGGAGUUUAGACCAAAAAGCUCUAUUUUUGUCUCAUCAGACCACAUGACCUUCUCCCAUUCCUCCUCUGGAUCAUCCAGAUCGUCAUUGGCAAACUUCAGACGGGCCUGGACAUACGCUGGCUUGAGCAGGGGGACCUUGCGUGCGCUGCAGGAUUUUAAUCCAUGACGGCGUAGUGUGUUACUAAUGGUUUUCUUUGAGACUAUGAACCCAGCUCUCUUCAGGUCAUUGACCAGGUCCUGCUGUGUAGUUCUGGGCUGAUCCCUCACCUUCCUCAUGAUCAUUGAUGCCCCACGAGGUGAGAUCUUGCAUGGAGCCCCAGACCGAGGGUGAUUGACCGUCAUCUUGAACUUCUUCCAUUUUCUAAUAAUUGCGCCAACAGUUGUUGCCUUCUCACCAAGCUGCUUGCCUAUUGUCCUGUAGCCCAUCCCAGCCUUGUGCAGGUCUACAAUUUUAUCCCUGAUGUCCUUACACAGCUCUCUGGUGUUGGCCAUUGUGGAGAGGUUUGAGUGUGUGGACAGGUGUCUUUUAUACAGGUAACGAGUUCAAACCGGUGCAGUUAAUACAGGUAAUGAGUGGAGAACAGGAGGGCUUCUAACAGGUCUGUGAGAGCCGGAAUUCUUACUGGUUGGUAGGUGAUCAAAUACUUAUGUCAUGCAAUAAAAUGCAAAUUAAUUACUUAAAAAUCAUACAAUGUGAUUUUCUGGAUUUUUGUUUUAGAUUCCGUCUCUCACAGUUGAAGUGUACCUAUGAUAAAAAUGACAGACCUGUACAUGCUUUGUAAGUAGGAAAACCUGCUAAAUCGGCAGUGUAUCAAAUACUUGUUCUCCCCACUGUAGCUGCACCACGCCAUUAACUUCUGUUGGUUCUAUUUUCAGUGUUUCUAUUGCUGGAUAUGAAAUAUCAAGGACUGAACCUGAUCUUUCUGCCAUAAGAGAAGGAAUUGUAAGCCUUUUUGAAGUUGUUCAAUUUUUUAAAUAUUGAUUUAAUUAAUUGUAGUGCGACUACUUGGGUGACAUUCUCUCUCUCUCCAAUCGUAGGAGAACAUUCCACAGAAUCCAAAGCUUCAGAUGGACUCUUGUCAAGUUCAGGAUCCUUCCUCUGAAAAAGAGAAGGAACCUCCAACUAAACCUGACCCACCUUCGCUGAGCAUUGCAGAACCCUUCGAACUCGGCCAAUUUCAGCAGAACCCACAGAAUGGCAUGUCAGAAUUUAAUGAGACGUUUGUUCCUGGAACCACAUGUAAGUCAAAUAACUUGACAAAUGCAUGUUAGUUGCGGUAAUGUCGACUUCACCUUCACAACUAUUGUCCCCCUUUCCCUCCAGUCAUGGCGAAUGACUUUGACAGACAGAUGGACUACCUGGAGCAGUUUGGGUCCAGCACUGUAAGUAUAUACUUUGUACUUUAUAAAUUGUGACUGUUAAUACAUACCUGGUUUAUGUUUACAUUUUAGGCUUCCUAUAAUUACUUUGCCUUUUUAUAUUCAGUUUAAGGAGUCAGCACUGAGAAAACAAUCACUGUACCUCAAAUUUGAUCCCCUCAUGAGAGAGAGCCCCAAGAAGUCUGGAGUCCCUGCAGGACUCGACAACCUCCCACGACCUGCUCCCUUUGCUUCACGGUGCGUUACUCUCCUGGUCCUGAUCACAGGCUUUUGUUUUACCAUCUGACUGAUGCUCUAGUUGUAAAUAAAUGUUUAUUUGGCUUAAUCUGUAGUUUGUCACUAAAAUUAGUUUGAAACACAAUGGUGAAUAUCAAGGUGUUUGCUCAAAGUCUGAGGGAGUUUUCUUUCAAUGUGGUUUCAGUGCGGGGACCCAGAAGACUGGAGCCGAGGAGGUGAAUGGACUGAAAUCUGUCAACCUUAAACGUCUUGAUGACCUACCACCCGUAAAUUGCCUGUCGUCCUCAAAGAUCCUAUUAUAAUGUAGUAACGCUAAGUAAUGUGAGAAACUGUUAAAUGGAUGUCUUCUCUCCCUUUAGGUUCAAGUUGUCGGUCCUAUGACUCCUCUCGUGCAGAAUUCCCCUAUACUUGAGAAUCUGGUCCCUACUUUCCCCCAACCAGCCAACACUGACGAUAACAUCAUAGAGGUGCUGAAAUACAGUCAGCAAGACAUGAAUGCUGCCAUUGCCAAGAUCCAGAAACAAGUAGGUGUUUGUUUUCCGCAAACGUUUCACUCAUCCUUUUUCAAUCCAAUCAUGAUUAAUUUAGAAGGGUUUCUUUUUAUAGACAAAGGAGAAUGCGGAUGAAUGGAAGUCUAAGCAUGACAAGCUAUCACAGGAUAAUCAUGAGAUGGGGUAAGCAUUGAAGCUUAGUAUUUGGUAACUGAUUCUGAUUUCAGACCUCAACCAAUUGUACAGUGAGGGGAAAAAAGUAUUUGAUCCCCUGCUGAUUUUGUACGUUUGCCCACUGACAAAGACAUGAUCAGUCUCUAUAAUUUUAAUGGUAGGUUUAUUUGAACAGUGAGACAUAAUAACAACAACACAAAUCCAGAAAAACGCAUGUCAAAAAUGUUAUAAAUUCAUUUGCAUUUUAAUGAGGGAAAUUAGUAUUUGACCCAUCUGCCAACAAGGGUUUUGCCAAAGUCAUGUUUUGCAAUCAGAGGUCAGACAUUUCUUGUAGUUGGCCACCAGGUUUGCACACAUCUCAGGAGGGGUUUUGUCCCACUCCUCUUUGCAGAUCUUCUCCAAGUCAUUAAGGUUUUGAGGCUGACGUUUGGCAACUCUAACCUUCAGCUCCCUCCACAGAUUUUCUAUGGGUUUAAGGUCUGUAGACUGUCUAGGCCACUCCAGGACCUUAAUGAGCUCUUCUUGAGCCACUCCUUUGUUGCCUUGGCCGUGUGCUUUGGGUCACUGUCAUGCUGGAAUACCCAUCCACGGCCCAUUUUCAAUGUCCUGGCUGAGGGAAGGAGGUUCUCACCCAAGAUUGGGCCCCGUCCAUCGUCCCUUUUGAUGCGGUGAAGUUGUCCUGUCCCCUUAGCAGAAAAACACCCCCAAAGCAUAAUGUUUCCACCUCCAUGUUUGAUGGUGUUCUUGGGUUCAUAGGCAGCAUUCCUCCUCCAAACACGGCGAGUUGAUUUGAUGCCAAAGAGCUCGAUUUUGGUCUCAUCUGACCACAACACUUUCACCCAGUUCUCCUCUGAAUCAUUCAGAUGUUCAUUGGCAAACUUCAGACGGGCCUGUAUAUGUGCUUUCUUGAGCAGGGGGACCUUGCGGGCGCUGCAGGAUUUAGGUCCUUCACGGCGUAGUGUGUUACCAAUUGUUUUCUUGGUGACUAUGGUCCCAGCAGCCUUGAGAUCAUUGACAAUAUCCUCCCGUGUAGUUCUGGGCUUAUUCCUCACCGUUCUCAUGAUCAUUGCAACUCCACGAGGUAAGAUCUUACAUGGUGCCCCAGGCCGAGGGAGAUUGACAGUUAUUUUGUGUUUCUUCCAUUUGCGAAUAAUCGCACCAACUGUUGUCACCUUCUCACCAAGCUGCUUGGUGAUGGUCUUGUAGCCCAUUCCAGCCUUGUGUAGGUCUACAUUCUUGUCCUUGGAGAGCUCUUUGGUCUUGGCCAUGGUGGCGAGUUUGGAAUCUGAUUGAUUGCUUCUGUGGACAGGUGUCUUUUAUACAGGUAACAAGCUGGGAUUAGGAGCACUCUCAGCUCGUUACCUGUAUAAAAGACACCUGGGAGCCAGAACUUUCUGAUUGAGAGGGGGUGAAAUACUUAUUUCCCUCAUUUAAAAUGCAAAUCAAUUUAUAACAUUUAAGUUUUUCUGGAUUUUUUUGUUGUUAUUCUGUCUCUCACUGUUCAAAUAAACCUACCAUUAAAAUUAUAGACUGAUCAUUUCUUUGUCAGUGGGCAAAUGUACAAAAUCAGCAGGGGAUCAAAUACUUUUUUCCCUCAUUGUAACUUUGUUUCACUGCUUUUUGUUUUUGCAGAAAAAUCAUGUCAGAAUUUGAAGCCACAAUCGCUCAGAUAUUGGGUAUGUUAUAAUGCAAUUUUGGGAUGUUAUCAGCUGAAAAUAAAUAUUUUGGAAUCUCAUUUUAAUGUAAAAUGCAUGACUUGAUGUGAUGUCAUUGUCUCCUGCAGCUGAUAAACAGAGGGAGAAGGAAAUGGCCCAGGCUGAGAUCACUAAAGUCCUGCAGGAGAAGGAGCAGGUAUCACAGGACCUGAAUGCCAUGGAGCGAUCCUUCUCGGAUCUCUUCAAGAGACUGGACAAAUACAAAGAGGUCAUCGAGGGUUGCAUGAAGGUCCGCAUUAAAAAGCAUGUUCUGCCCUAUGUAUUGGGCCCUGUGUUUUGCACAAUCAUGUGAAAUGCCUGGGUUUCAAAGGGAUACUGCAUGAGUCUGGCAAUUAAGGCGCAUUUCUACUUGACUAGAGUCGGAUGAACUCAUGGAUACUGUUUUAUGUCUGCGUGCCAUAUGAAGGACGUUAGAGGUAGUUUACUGUACUUGUAGACUUCCAGUCAUUGCGCUGACGCUAGUAACAUUGGCUCGCAAAACUAUCCAACUUGCUUCUACUGCACGCAGACCUAACAAUGGUAUCCACAACUUCAUCUGACUCUAAGUAGAAAAAUGGCUUAAAUGCCAGAAUCCCUUUAUUUAAAGCUUUUUCAUUAAACCGUCCCCCUUUUUUCCCCCUUAUGUUUUGGUGUAAUUCUUGUUUCUAGAUAAGGAUUAAAAUAUAGGAUAAACUCUUGCCAUUUCACAUGAUUGCGCAAAACACAGGACUCAGCUUUGGUGCAGGAAAGUAACAUUGCUGUGAAGGAUGUAAUUGAAUUGGUGUAGGUCCAAUACUUUUCUUUGCCAACCUUAUGAACUUUGGUUUUAAAUGUGUGUGUGCGCCCCUAUUAAGAAUGAAGAGAUGCUGAAGAAAUGUGCUCAAGAUUACCUGGCUAGGAUCAAGAAGGAGGAGCAGCGCUACCAGACCCUGAAAGCCCAUGCAGAGCAGAAAAUCGGCUUGUAAGACUUGUCAAACUAUACCUUUUUUUUGUGUGUGCAAAAUACAGUUAGAGUUGUGGAUUGUUGCUGGGCUUUGUAUAGGUUCACUGGGCUGACUGUUACUCUUAUUCUCAGGGCGAAUGGAGAGAUUGCAGAGGUUCGCUCCAAACUAAAGUCUGAGGUCGCUGCACUUCAGGCCCAGCUGCGCAGGGAGCAGCUAAAGGCCCAGUCACUGGAGAAGAGCCUUGACCAGAAAGUAAGUCCACCUCAAUCUGAAGAAGUCCAUGAGGCGGCCUUUAUCAGUGUUUUUUAUCACUUGUUCAGUAACGUUUAUUUUGCUCUUAUUGUUGAUUUCUGUCCCCUCAGGUAAAAGAGACUGAAGAACUCACCAACCUUUGCGAUGAACUAAUAGCUAAAGUCCAAAAGGGC